GAACUGAUAGAGGCCCAGAAGAUGACGUAACUUUUCCACAGUCAUAAAGUUUGCAGUAGAGCUGGAGUUGGAACUACAGUGUAGUUCCUUGAAUGCUGCAAUGCCACACUCAGUAAUUCUUUGGGGAAUUUGUGUGUAAUCUCACUCAGUGUUCAAGGAAUACCUCCCAGAGUACAUACUCAGGAAUACAACUCGGGUCAGGCAAUUGUCAAUGUAAAUUCAAUUUCCAUGCUAAAUCAAACUCUCAAACCAUGUGGAGUAGUGGUGAACAAGAUAUGGCCCUGCCUCAACUCUCUUGGGGGAAUUGGGGAUGGUUUAUGGCAGCCAGGGUGUAGCCAAGUGGUAGGAGGCUAGCUUCAGCUGGGAGGAUCAGGUUCCACCUGGUUUUAGGGGCAGACCAGAGCUGGGGGCACACUGCAGUGACUGAGGCCCAACGUACCUUGCCUUUGACAUUUGUCUUGGACUUGGAAACACUGAAAACCAUGGCUAAAUUGAUGGGGAUAGUUGCCCUCUAAUUCUGAGAGUAAAAAACUUUGUUACUCACGUCUGAAUGACUGCUGAGUGGCCUCAUGGCAGAACGAUGCUAGCAGGUUGUACUGGUGACUCGCUAGGGACCUCACAGCUCAUGGGGGACUGUAGGUGUCUCAAUCACAACAAACUGAAGGUCUGCAUCUUCCUUGCCUCCCUUUGCUGUGAGAGGCCCCAGUCUGUUUUAUAUCUGUUUAAGAGUGCUUGGGUGAGGGUUCUUUUCACUUGGGAGAAGGGUCUGAAGACAUUUUGGCUUUACACAGUUCCUUUUGUCCAGUGUGAACCAUUGUUACAGAGGAAAGGCAUCCUUCCAGCUGCUCUGCCCCAUGCAGUGAACUUCCACAUGAUCCCAAUGUGUGCCAGGAGAACUUGGCAGAGAGUUCACAGAUAAAGCCCCUCAGGAAGAUGUCACCAGUUUUCUGUACUAAAGGUCAAGAGUUUUAAACAGCUGAGGAGAUCUUCGUUAGCUUUCCAGUGACGUAAGAGCAUGGAUUUCCUGGCUUCUUCACAGAGCCCUGCUAAGUUGGAAUAUGAGAUGCAGAGUGACCUUGGCCGUGGUACAAACCAACCUAGGAACCAGAUGAGCAGAGACAUCUGUGUCCACACCUGGCCGUGUUCCUAUUAUUUAGAACUUAAGAAGCAAUGGGUCCCUGGAAAGAUUUCAUUAACUUCUCGCUCACUAAAAUUUAUGACUGAUAAAACUGGAGAAAUUCUUGUCAACUUUCCCCUUUCCAGUAUAAUUGAGAUCAAGAAAGAGGCUUCUCAUUUUAUAUUCAGUUCUAUCACCAUCCUGGAAAAGGACCACAUCAAACACUGGUUCAGUUCCUUUCAGCCUAGUCGAAAUGUUGUUUUCAGCAUUAUCGAGCAUUUCUGGAGAGAGUUGCUACUGUCCCAGUCAGAAGCUGCUAUUCAAGGAUCACACCGCCCUGUGACCAAGGAGAAGGCGCUGACUGAUCUUAUGGCCUGUUCCCAGAAGCAUCUGGAAGAUACAGCCAAAGUCCUCCAUCAUCAGGGUGAGCAGCUUGACAGCAUCUCGAGAGGCCUGGACAAGAUGGAAUCUGACCUGGAUGUGGCUGACAGGCUGCUAACUGAACUGGAAUCUCAUUCUUGGUGGCCCUUUAGCUCCAAGCUUUGGAAGAUGCCCUCAGAAACAAAGCCCAGAUGGGGUGCCUCAAACACUAGUUCCAAAGCUUUUGGAAAAGAAGCGAUAGUGAUCAGAAUUCCCUCUAUUAUUUCGCAAAGAACAGAAUCUCAUGUUAUACCUGGAAGUCUCACCAUGCUUGUUUCUGGAUUGGAAAUCCACAACUCAGAUUCUUUGCUCAUGCACAGAUUUGAAAGAGAAGAAAUAGAUGACAUCAAGGUUCACACACCUUAUGAAAUUAGCAUCCGCCAGCGGUUCAUUGGGAAGCCAGACAUAGCUUAUCAUUUGAUAUCUGCCAAGAUGCCAGAGGUUAUCCCCAUUUUAGAAGUAUGGUUCAGCAAGAAGAUUGAGUUGUUAGAAGAUGCUUUGGUACUCAGAAGCACUGCAACCUCUUCCCCAGUAGAGAAAGGGGACUCAGUCUGGCAUGCAGAUCCUGAGGAAGCUAAAGGAUCUUGCCUUGGAUGCCAAGACAGAGCUAGAGAGACAGGAUGAGGCCUUGGAUGGCAUCACUGCAGCUGUGGACCGGACAGCCUUAACCAUUGACAAGCAUAAUCAACGAAUGAAAAAACUGACUUAGAAGGACACAAAAGCACAGAAGUGACCACUUUUGGCAAGAAUCACUUCUCUAAAGUACAUUGUUCUCAAUCCCCGCAUGCUUUCUUAAUAUGAAGACCCCAAGAAUUUAUUCCAAGGGCCCUGCCCCAGGGGGUGCAUAGCUGCCUCAGGAUGAAGGGGUUCUGUGAAGGCUGUGGAGCCUGGGAAGAUUGUGGCUGCUACCAGAGGAUUGCCCUGUAGGGAGCUGAAGGUGGCUACAGGAGAGUAGUUCUGCCUGCAAAUAAAGCGAGCUGCUUCCCCUCAGGGUCCUCUUGGACUGCUUGGGGAGUCAGGAGCACAUAUGCCUUCAAAUAUGGGCUGAGUUUUAUUGAAUUGGCCACAGCAGUAGGGUAGCUCUUCACCUUGCAGCAGGGUGGCUACACCCAGCAUGCAGGGACCACUUUGCAUGGUCAUAAUCCCAGGUCUCCGGGAAUGUACAACUAGUUGCAUUUUCAUCUUAUCUCCAUUCUUGAUAAGCAUAAAAGUAUAAUUUAAAUCUCUAUGAAAGAAAUCUACUGAUUUCUAACUCUACCCAUCUGAACACUAUCAGCAAAAUCUCUUCUCCUGCCUCGACUACAUUCAGGCCUGAGCCUGCCUCCUAUGUGGGCUGCUCAGCACAGGCCCCACUACCUUCACUUUGUUCCAUUUUUCUCUGGUGGACAGGUCACUUUCUUUUUGGUUGUAUUGUAAUUUUCUCACCAAAGCUAAGAGUCUAGUACACCUUGAGGUCAUCCUAUAAACACCCAAAAUAUUCUUUAACUGCCCAGUUUUUAGUCAAACACAAAAAUAGUACAUUUUUCAUGUUUGACUAAACACUGUGCCUAUUUUUAAAAGUGUUAAUUUUUGCUUUUCUGCCCCAUUUCUAUCCAGAAACAAAAGAAAAAUGCUGGUUUUAGAAUAUUUUUUGAAGUCAGGCCUUGAUGCUACUUUUUUCUUGGUUUGGGGCAUCUUAGUGUGUCCCUGGAGAGCCCGUCAUGGGAAGACAAGGAGAAAAUAGAGAAUUGGGUUACCUCCUCACCUUUUCACAACAGGCCACCUCCAGACUGCUUUGAAAUAGCAUCCCAAAGAACUUUGCACAGAGAGGCUCGUAGACACCUUGUAGAAAUGCUAUCUUGAAGUGCCUUUCCUACAGCCCUCCUGGGAUGGCUCCCACAAGCCCUAUGCAGCCGUGUUGCACCACUCCACUUAUAUUAUGAGUUCUGGAUGGUUUUAAGAAUUAAUUCACAGGUGCAGUGUUAGUUCUUUUUGGCUGCCCUGAUGAAGUACCACAAACAGGGGGCUUACAACAGUAGGAAUGCACUCUCUCUCAGGUCUGGAUACCAGCAUUGCAGGAUCACAGUAUGGGCAGGCUGUGCUCCUUCUGUAGACUCUAGGGGAAGAUUGUCCCUGCCACUUCUAGCUGAUGGUGCCUCUAGGUAUCACUGGGCUUAUGGCCACAUCACCCUAAUCUCUGCCUCCAUUGUCAUGUGGCCCUCUCCUGUGUCUCUGUGUCUCAAAUCUCCCUCUGCUUUCUGUUAUAAGGAUCUGUUAUUGGAUUGAGGGCCCAGAGUCAUUUCAUCUCAAGAUCCUUACCUUGAUGAUAUCUACAAAGACCGCAUCUCCAGAUAAGGUCACAUUCUAAGGUUCCCAGUGGGCAUGAAUUUGGAGUCACCUCUGGAUGCCCAGCAUUGUGGAAGCUGACCCAUUACAAAGAAACAUGGAAAGUAGCACUUCUAGAAAGUAAUGUUCAUAAAGGUCUUCCAAUUCUUUUCUUUUUUUAAUUUAGUAAAUUAUAUUCCUGGUCUCUAUUUAUCUUAUUUGGUUUGUACUUACUAACUUCCAGAAUAAGAAGUUGGCCUAUUCUUUAAAGGUUUCUCACUCUAAUGCAAGGCAUUUGAGCAGUUGCUCUUGACCUUUCCAGGCACAUGAAAUGAUAGAGCUCCUUGGAGUUUGUGCCCAUCCCAGGGGAGCUGAGCCCAUGCAGCCCCUUCUUCUUGUGCUCAAUGAUAGAGAGUGUCAGGGAGGGCACAGCAGAUGUGAAGAUGUGUCAACAAGGACUGUUAUUGAGGUAGCAGCAGCUAGAUCUCGUCCUCAUGGAACUUGGAGUGGUGGUGGAGAGAAGGCAGCUCAUGUCCUGUGCACAGGGCAAGUGCAAGUGGGCAGUAUCCUGACACUGGUAGCUUCUCAAAGCAGCCCACGAAGAGCAAGUUCCCUCGAGGUGGGGUACGUGGUUCUCAUCAUAGCCACACACUGGGCUCAUCAUGCCAAGGACUAAGAAAAUACAAACAGAUGCACUCACAUGCCCUGACCCCAGGCCCCUCAGUCAGAAUUUCUGUGGGUAUACACACUCCCCAAAUGUUUCUAAUGAGUAGGCAGGGCAAGAUCCACAAGCCAGGUAACGUACUGCCAUCAGACCCACUCUCUUUUACAUCUGGUGCUGGAGAGCCCUGAGUAGCUGGAAUGAAAGUGAGUCUGUCCACUCAUGAUGCUGUUGUAAAUCCAGAUGGGCACUGCUCAGGAGUUCCCAGCUCAGCCUACAUCGACCACCUGACAUCUGCUUGUCCUGAAAACACAUACCACCCAGCACUCACGUGGCCUCAGGGCUGCACACAUCUUGGCUGCUCACAGGCCUCUGAAAAGCAGAGGGCCAGGAUUCUGCUGGUGAAUCCUGAGGUCUCUGGGCCUCACCCUUUCUUUAUCUGUCACUGGGGGAUGCAUAAAUCUCAGACACUCUGGGCAUGAAGGUGUGUGGUUCAGAGACAUUGUACCAUUAGAAGAUUAUUCUCCAGGCCUUCACUCUCCCAUGAAUAAUUAACUUGAUAGACACUAUGGUCUGUUUAUGUGGAGACUUAUAGUAUUAAGGGGAGGGGGGCAUCAAGCACCAUUUUCUGCUAUUUUUUUUUAACUCUGGCCCUAGAGUUAACUUUUUUCACCCUAACCCCUUCUAAUAUUAGAAAAUCCAUCUGCCAAACUGUUAGUCACCAAGGCCGAAACAAAAUUGCCAAAAACCCUGUAAAACCAGGGUUAACUCCCGCAACAUACUGAUCUCCACCCCAAGUGCACUCAUUCCACUUCCCACUGCUCCCCCAACUUUUGGUACAUUGGCUCUGCCUCCACAGUUUGGACACAGGAAGGUCAUGAAGGAGAACAAACAUUGUCAUGCUUCUAGAAGCAGUCAGUACCAGGGGAAGGAGAUGAGCAGGUAGGCCAGUGAUCUCUCCAGCCAUCCUCUGGCAGCCCAGGUUAAGUGCCAUGAUGGCGGGAACUAAAUGGAUCCCAUCAGGUGAGUAGUAGACCCUCUGUAGUGGCAGGAAGAGUACACUGAGCCCAUUGUCAUCAUUAUUGCUAGUGUUUGGAUCACAACAUAUUGUGUCUUGUUUUCUACUUUCCUGAUGUGGAGAGCGUCCUCUAACAUUGACAUUGAGUUUGUGUGUGCAUUCAAGCUCAUGCAUGUGCUUUAUUCUAGCACAAAAAUCUGAUUUCCUUUUAACCUGUGACUGAGGAAAUAGAUUAUGCUAGUUUGUUGUCACCCUAUAAGGUAUUUGUACUUCCUAAAACACAUAAUGCUUUGAACUCAGUUUUACACUUAUAAAUGUGGGCAAAAUACAAGAUCCAUAUCCAAUGCAGCUGUGAGACCAACACUGAACUGAAAUGAAACAUUUCAUCAAAAAUAGCUGAUUCUUUUGUUUGUUUAGGGCAGAUGUCAGCAGACUUUUUCUAUAAAAGGCUAAGUAGAAAAUCCUCAUCCCAGCCAUGUGGUGUCUGUUAAAAUGUCUCAGGUCUGCUAUUAAAUGAAGGCAGUCUGGACUUGUGAACAAAUGGACGUGCUAUAUUCCAAUAAAACUACCAGUGCUAAUCACA